AUGAAUAAAUGUGAAGGAAAUUUGGAUAAAAUUGAGAAUAUGAUCAAUUAAGCAAAAUAAUAACUAGAAUUUAAAGAAUUGUGUAGAUAAAUUGAACAAAAGUUAUUGACCUUAAGAAAUUAAUCUCCUCAUUUUAAGGAGGUGUGA